AAACUUCAACUCAAAUCAACUUUUGCACUUUGUUUUCAUCCCAGGUAGAAUGAUUAAACACAAUAUUAUUUCUUGCAAACCAUAUGGAUCAAGCUGUUGAGGUGCAGAAGCAGAAUGUCGGGGUUAAGACAAGAGCCCAGCAGGCGAGAGUUCAUGUGAUGACUCACCAGGAAGCUGUGGCUACCGAUGUAAUCACGGGUACUUGCCUGCUAAUUCUGAUUAUGCACAUGUUUUAUUUGAUUUAGGUGCAUCACACUUUUUAUUGCUUGAUCGUAUGCUUUGAAACGAGCUUUACCUGUUGAUAAUUCUAAUUUUGAACUGCAUGUGAACACCCCUUUAGGAGGGCUGAUGACUACUAGAGAUGUGUGUAGGACGGUAGAUAUUAUAUUGAUGGUAGAUAAUUGAGUGCUAGCUUGUUUGUUUUAGAUACCUCAAAUUUUGACAUCAUUCUGGGGAAAAAUUGAGUCCGAGGUAUAUUGGACCAUAUGUUAUCCCAAAAAGAAUUGACGAGGUAAAAGGUUAACCAUUUCUAAUUGGAUAUAAGUUUUAGAUUUUAUCUCCUAGAUUUGAGUUUUGGGGACAAAACUCCUUUUUAGGAGGGGUGGAUGUAAUAUCCCCAAAUUUUCUAAGAUAUUUAAAGGUGAGUCAUGGACUUAAUUGUGAGAGAAUAAUGUUGUUGGCCUUAAUAAUAGAAACUUUCAAAGUUCAGGGACUUAGAAGAAAGGAAAUAGGAUAAG